AAGAAUCUACCGACAGUUGUUUUUAUGAUGCAAAAUUAGGCCUAUAUUCUCUAAAACACCGAAAUGUCCCGGGAAUGACAAGAAACGGUGGAUAUUUCAUUUAGGCUGAAGAUCAUUAAGACACUGUGGUUUUAUUUUUUCUCUCCUUUUCAUUGGCUUAUUACCUACUGCGCGCUGGGAGUCGGUGUGUGUGCUCUGUACUUACGCAACAGAGAGCUUCACUCGGCGGCGGGUUCGCGAGGCAAGGACGAAAUUAAAGCAGGCAUUUUUGUAUUCCAUUUUUGUCUAAUCCCACUGAUUUCUGAAGGGAUUACCGGACCAAUCAUGAUUGAGAGACCGCUGGCUCGCCUGACACUGCCUCUGAGGGAGCUGGGAGCUGUGUAGACAGUGAGUGGAAGCACAACAUCAGGAUCUAGAGGAACAUUGCGAAAUCUUAUUUGGUUUUCCUUCUUUUUUUUUAUCCGGAAAGGAAAGUUGCUCCGUCUCCUCGCUCGUGCUGGCAACCUACCUGAGGAUGCGCGCUGCAAGCGCGGUUGGGGCAUGUUUUGGUGUGGAUGGUAACUUAAAUUUGUGCAGCUGCACUUCUGCACCUGAAUUUCUGGAAACUUUGUCAUGAUGGUCAGCGCUGGGAUUAUAUUUUAGAGGACAUCAUCUCCACUAAAUAUCCUUUCCAGGAUCUGUCUGGAGUUUUCUGUGUAUGACCAGCCAAUGGAGGAGGAGAAGGUGGUUGAUAAUAUCCAAACAAAACCCAGUUCCCCUGUACCCACUGGGCUUCCCAUCAACUGGGGGCUCAUCACCGGCCCCGUCCCCGAGCCUGUUUUCCCUGCACCCUCUCUGAGCACCCAGCUUCCUCCUCCUCAGAGCUCAGCUGUGCAUGCACUACAGACCAAGGUGAAGUCACUCACACAGAGAAGGACAAGAGGGAGAGACAGAGAGAAGGAAAGAGAGAGGUCGGACACAGAUGUCCUGUCGAGCAGUCCAGUGGGGCAGAUUUCAUCUGAGGUCUUUCUGAGGCACAGACCCAGAGCAAAGGGUCAGGUAUCCCUGCCUGCUCCCUCCUGGCGAUCCGGUGCUGCAAAGAACUCAAGCAGCAGUGAUGAAGAGGAGGAGGUAGAGGUGCAAGUCCGGUUGGAGAUCCACAGCCCUCCAGCUGAAGCAAAAGGGGAGCGGGUGCUCCAGGGGGUAGAGGAAACUGAAGAGGAGAGGUCAGAAAGAAAUGAGGGCCAGGUCAGUUUUCUGACAGGCCAGCCUGGACUCGGGGAGGGAACAAGCCUGGAGAGUCUUUUGUCUGAUAACUCAAGCAGCAGUAAGGAUGACCCAUCCACUCCUCCUCCACUACCAGUACUCCUCUGUUCUCCUAUCACUUCUGCUUCUACAACAUCCUCCUCUUCUUCCUCCACGUCUUCCACGUCAACCAGACACUGGGCGCCACCAAAGGGCUUCUGGAGAGUGGCGCGCCCGGAAACAUUGCUUCUAAACGGCGUUGGCCCUCACAACAUACCUUCCACAUUACCCUUGAAGGACUAUACUCAGACAGAAGCACUGGCUGAACCUCAGAGGAGGCCUAAACCGGCCGAGACAGGCGUCAGGAGCAAUGCAGCAGGGGCGGUGGAUGACAUUGAUGCAUCCUUGGAGUUCAAGCACUCUGAUAGCGUGGAGCAAUACCUGGACAGGUGUGAGCAGAAGGAGACAGAUGCCGGUGACCCCGCCAAAGGACUGUGCAGUUCAGACAGCUGGGAGAGCAUGUCCUCGCAAAGUGGAGUGCUCUCGGCUGACGAGAAGAUGAAGGUGAAGCAGAGGGCUUAUGCAAAGUUGAGGGAAAGACAACAAAACUGCAGGGAGGAGAGGGAGCAGAGUGGAGGAGAAAGUUCCGGCUGUUAUGAAGACACAGCAUACAAAGUGGAAAGCAAAGUCACAGGUGCCCACGGGGUUUUGGACAGCUCAGACUCAGCCAUUCUUGCUCAGGAACUCGAACCCUAUUUGAGAUCACUUCUUGUAAUCAGUGAUGAGCUCCCUCUGAGCCCGAGACAUGAGCAAGCCAAGCGUCUCCUGGAGCGGGCGCGACUCAAGGCUCGCUCCAGUCACAUUAAAGGCGAUCGCCCCUGCAGACGCUCUCAUUCUGAUCAGAGAUCAGCUGUGAAGAAGCAGCAAGUUGAAUCUCCCAGCCCAACACCAGUACAGAAAGCUGUUCAAACCAAAGAAGACCUUACAACUCAAACUGUAUCGGGUCCCCUCCUCGUCCCCACUCAAAGAGACACUUCCCCUGGUGACCAAGGAGGUCGAUCUAGACGGUACGGUUGUUCACCCACACGGGUACGCUUUGAGGAUGAAUCAGAGAAAGAAGCAGAGUCUCGGUACUUGGAUAGAGUCAGACAGCGUGGCAGGCCCGGGGUCCCCAAGUCCAAGAGUAAAGACAAUAAUACAGAUUCUAGCAGUAGUGGUUCAGAGAGGAGCAGAGGCCAUAGAAGUGUCUCCAUGCCUCCCAAGCAAGAGGAUGUAGGUGUCAGUGGUGAAACAACAGUGAUUAAAGAGAUUAUAGUGCUGGUGAAGAAAUGCGAGUCGUGUGGCUCUGUAGUCAGGGAACCUCAGCCAGUUUUAUCGCCAUCAGAUCCACAGAACAUUGAGACACAGCAGCCUGGCAACUCAGAGGACACACGGGGAAAAAACGUUCCUCGCUGGGUGCCUCCAAACAAGCCAGAGGCGAGCACUCGUCCUAAAGCUCCUCUAACUGUCACUUUUGCUGGAGCUUACGUGCUGGGGGAAAAUAAAGAGAGUAGUACAGGGUGGAAGUCAUCAGGGUUUGGGAAACUCAGGAGAAGGAGCAGGAAAGGAGAAAGUCGACUAGAGUCUGGCCACGGCCCUUAUGGUCCAUCAUGGGCUCAACGACGGAACUCAAAUCCCAGAAACAGGGUCAACUUGAGCAGAGCUGUUUCAUUCGCCCCCGACAGCCCUGUUGCUCUUGAGCCAAGUUUGCUGGAGGCAUCCAGUGGACUCAGGGAAACACCGGCCCCGGCACUUCCUAUAAAGUCAGCCCUGAAGUCAAGCUCGAAGAAUCGCUCUGCAGCCAGUCAGUCCACAGUUCAGUUCCAGAUUACCUCAAAUCAGGGAGGAGAGGGCGGGUCUCAGCACUCAGCCCUCCUGGACUCUCCAGAUGCAAGAAGGGAGCCCCCGUUGUCUUUAAUCCAAGGGGCACCUGCAGCGAGCAACCCAGUGCCCUGUAUCAGGCCCUCCACUCUGAGGUACUCCCCAGCCAGACUCACCACAGACCUGCCAGCUGCCGAACUCUGGGAUGCCACUCCAGAUGGAACAGGUCUAGGCGGGGACCCUGGUUCUGGUCCUGAGUGUCGUCCGGCACUGCGAGGCCUGGCCAUGUCUCGGGCUGAGGACCUCAGAGCCGAGCUGCUGAGAGCAGAACAUCUGAAAGCUGAGGCCAUAUGGGAGGAAAACUCUGAUGGGUCCAGAAAGAUGGAUGGACGGCCAAAGCUCUUCCUGCGUCGCUUCUUUUCCUCCAUUGGUCUGAACAGUGUUGGUAGACUUGUGAAAGGAGGCCGCUCCAGCAGCAUGGAACAGCUCAGCAUCCCCACUGCCCCCCGGGCCAACUCUGCUUCCCCAAGCCCCACACGCAGACCACAGCCUACCAUCCGCAUACAGAGGACACCCUCACUGCAGACCCUGCACACAGUGCUGCCACUGGCCCAACUGCGCAAAGCCUCCUCAGUGCAGAGUUUAGAGAGAAGAACAGAGCGUUCAACUAUACUGGGAGAGGUGCAGAUACCAUAUGGCCUCGCACCCAGCCCUGAAAGCCCUCAGCUUGAGCUUCACAGGGCCCUGAGUGUUGAGGAUGUACUUGCCUCCAGAAUAGUGCGUCCGGUGGGCCGGGUCACUCAGGCUUUCCCUGAUGGGACCAUCCUCUUGGAGCUCAUCAGACCCCCAAAUGGUCCCUUUGGUUUUGUCAUCUCAAGAGGCAAAGGUCGACCGGACACAGGUGUAUACAUAGAGAAAGUGGGUGAUGGCAGUGGUGAAGGACCCUACGUGGGUCUCCUCGGUGUCGGUGAUGAAAUUCUGCAGGUAAAUGGGGAGGCGGUGGCUGGACUCAGUCUGGACCAUGUAACGCGGCUCAUGACCCGGGAGAGCACCACGUCUCUUCGGAUCAUGCCGGCGAGGCGCAGCCAACGCUGACUGGAAAGAUAGACGUGGCACGGAGCCAUUUCUCCUGGAGCCACGGUUUAUAAUUCAACACUGCAGACAGUGCGGAUGGACUGUAACCUAUAGGUAGAUGUAAGAUAGUCAGUGCAGUUUCACAUAGCAGAAUGGUUACAUGGGAUAACAGGGUCAGAUAUUGCAAAUCAAUAAAAUAACCAGACAACAGAUCUAAAGCCAAACAAAUCUACUAGUAGAAAGGAUUAUGCUAGUUAGAAACCGAUUUCAGGAUAUAUAUUGUGAAUCCAAACCAAAUUAGAAAUAGUGAUUCAAACCCAGCACUUGUUUCUGUGCAUGUUUGGUUUUUAUGGUCAGAUAGAGAUAGACUUACACGACUCCACUUUUCUUCUCUUAGGAUUCAUUUUGCUCUUUACAGCACACAGAAUAUGACAUAGUGAGAGGAACCAUAUUGUGUCACGUUUAAAAUUUUGUACAGCUUGAUUAUUUCAGAUAACAUGCCACAAAUGAUAUCUUGGUUCAUGAGACCUUUAAACAAAAAAGCUAUCUCAUACAUCCAUAAACACUGGAGGAGCUAAUAAUUAUCCCUGUUUCCAUAGAUAAUAAUUAUUUCCUUGGUGGCACUGCAUGGUCACACAUUUUGUUUGUGCUGUAUCACCUAUUGUUUCACAAAACUGAUGCUGGUUUGCUUCUAAAUAAAAUGUUUUAUUUUGUCAAACUGUUUA